GCGUGUGACGCGAUCUUUCACAAGAUUGCAAGACUCCGAUCUUUGCGUUUAUCGGUGAAUAUAGAUCAAUGGUCAAUACAGGUGAAUUGAAGAAUUGAUUGAGUGAUUCGGUGAGGAAAUAUUUUGUUAUCAUAGCACACUUGGUUUUGCAAUUGUCGAAUAAAUACGUUUUAUAUUUGCCUCAUUACUAUACAUUUUGCUUAAUAAUAGCAAAAAUCUGGACUAGAGAAACAUGGUCGACAUGACCGGUACGGAAGAGAAGUUGCUCAAAAUGCUUGAAGAUGUUGGGUACACAGGACCAAUUCUUGAACUCGACAAACUAUCACAGUCCUUAAAACUUGGUGCAAGAUCACCAGACUUUACUAGUCUUACAGCAUGGUUUGCUGAGCAACUUGCUACAUUUAUUGAUAUCGAUGAGACUGUUCAUGCUACAACAAGCGCAGAUGAUGCUAGUUCCUUCCUCUUAGAGUUAAGUUUUUUUCUCAAGGAAGUAGGAUGUGUGAAUGAAAAACUAACAUGCGGAAAUAUUAAUCAAAGACUAGGGAAUGAGCUUGAAAGAGCUUUACUAAUAGAAUUCUUAGCAGCUGAACUUAUGGCUUGUAAAAUAUUAGAGGAAAAAUAUCCUAAAGAAGAAAAACAAUUGGAAGUCACUAUUAAUGAAAGUGACACAGCAAGAAACUUGAAAAAUAUGGUGAUAACAUUAAAAUUGCAAAAGCCACCAGAUAACAUUUCACCUGAAGCAUUCUUCUCAAAAGUGGAGACUCAAUUAUCAAACAUACUAAAUACUGUACCAUCUGGACAUCUAGAUCAACCACUUAUAAAUCUCGAACUGUCUCAAAGACAAUGGAACAAGUUAUACGAAAUGCAAGAAAAAAUGCAAACAGAAUAUACCAUUCGUCGUGAUAUGUUGCUUAAGCGUCUCGAUGUCACAAUUCAAUCAUGUUUGUGGUCAGAUAAGAUAAAAUCAGAAAUGGAAAUUAAGAAGAUAUUUGAGGAAAGAAGAAAGACUUUAAAAAAUGUACCAAAGGUAAUAAUGGCCGAUUUGUUGGCAGCGAGAAAUGAUCUAGCGAUAAUCGAGAAAAUGAGCAACGCGAGCGUUCGCAAGAACACACGAAGCAAGAUUAACAGUGUUAUUAUUGGAGCAGUGCCUGACAGAGGUGGUAGACCUUAUGAACAAGAACCACCUCCACCAGAGAUGCCUUCGUGGCAAAAGGAUAGAGUUCAAGGACCGACAUCAUUUCGGGGUGGAAGAGGAGGAGGUGGUGGUGAUAGAGGAUAUGGUAGAGGAGGAGGUGGCGGUCGCGGAGGCGGUGGAGGCGGCGGUCGUGGAGGCGGUGGAGGUGGCUAUCAUAAAGAUGCUAGCAGCAAUUUUGGUCAGAAUUUUGACCAUCAGCAGCAAUCUCAAUAUUCUGGACAUAGGAACGCUGGAGGAUAUCAGGGAGGUGGAGGAGGCAGAGGUGGCGGAAAUUAUCGAGAUUCCAACGCGAGCUAUAAUCAGAAUUACAGUCAAAGUUCCAGUCAAAGUUCCAGUCAAAAUUAUGGUCAAAGUUACAGUCAAGGUCAAAGUUAUAACCAAGGUUCGAAUCAAAAUUACAGUCAAAGUUAUGGCCAAGGUUCCGGUCAAAGUUACGGCCAAGGUUCCGGUCAAAGCUACGGCCAAAGUUCCGGUCAAAGUUAUGGUCAAAAUUAUCAACAAUCGCAAUAUUCUGGUCAAAGAGAUUCUUAUGGAGGUAACAAUCGUAGCGGUGGAAAUCAUUACCAGGACAGGAGGGAGGGCGGUGGAGGAGGAGGAGGAGGAGGUGGCGGCGGCCGAAGUGGUAGGGUUCAAGGAGGAUGGAAUCAGGGCAACAAUUCUGGCAUGAACAGCUAUCAACGAGGAGGCGGCAGAGGCAGAGGUAAAGGCCGACAAUAUUGAAGCCAGAAAUCUUAUCGCAAACAGCUCUAAUGAUAUUAAUAUAAUCAUAGUAAUAUUAAUUAAUCACUAUUACGCUUAUAAUAUUGUACUCUUACGUAACACAAAGUGUAACUUUGGUCUCCAAAUAUGGAAUAUCUCUCUAAGUGAAAUGAUGAUCUUGGAUUAUGUGUGUGUUACUUUUAGAUUACAACUAUUUAAAUUUUCAAAUUGCGUAAUGUUGCGUUAAGAUAAUGAAGUUAUUAUUUAUUGAUCUCACAUAUAGAAUUUUGCCUAAUUGUUUCUAAUUUUGUUCUUCGAUUGUAUGUUACUUUUUUUUACAAAAAUCGAACAUAUUAAAAAUACAGUAUUUAUGUAAAUACUUGUUCAAUCGAAGGUAGAUAAUUUCUGAAUGUCAAAAUCAAUUUGCGAGAUGUAAAGACUGUAAAUUAUGCCAUUAGAAUGAAAUGAAUUGUGCUCUAUGUAUCAAAACAACACGUUAAAUGCGUAACAUGUCGCAUGUCUCUAUGCAUAAUAUAAAAUUUUCAAUGUAUAAAAAAUUGUUAAUUUUUUUAACAAUCUAAAAGCAACAACUCUAUGCGUAUAAUGAAUUAUAUUAUUAAAUAUAAUGAAUCGUACUCAAUAUAUUAAAAUAACAUGCUAAAUGCAUAACGUGUCGCAUGCCUCCAUGAACGAUACAAGAUUUUUAAUGUAUAAAAAAUUUAUUAAUUUUUUCAUCAUUCAAAAAGCAAUCAAUUAAAAAGUAACGAUUUUUUCAAAAAUGUAUUUUUUUUCUUUGUAGAAUUAUAAGUUUGUAAUGAAUGAUA